UUCAUCAAUAUUUAUUAAAUAUUCGCAGCGAGCAUAUAUAAAAAUGUCAGAAGGCACAAUUAUAUCUAUGAAUGAUCAGAAAAUUAAAACAGAACCACCAGAAUAUUCAGAAGGCAUUAAAUGUGAAAUUGAAGAUGAAUUUGAUGGCUUCGAUGGUAGUGUUAAGUCUGAAUUAUGUUCACAGGAUGAUGAAACAUGCCUGGAAAGAUUCAUGAAUUCUGAGGUUACAAUAGAGGAAGGGGUGAAACAGGAGUUAAUUGAGGCACCCUCUUAUAUAUGUCACAUUUGUAAUAUAUCAUUUGCACAAUCAGCAUAUUUAAAAAAUCAUAUUCUUAGUCAUAGCAAAGAAAAAUGCAAUGUUUGCCAUAAGACAUUUAAAAAGGCGUCAACUUUGAAAAGACACAUGGUUAUUCAUAGUACAGAACGCCCUUUUAAAUGCGAAAUCUGUUACAAGACUUACAAACGAUCGGACAAGUUGAAGUCACACAAGAUUACCCAUUUUGAAGAACGUCCAUUUAAAUGUCAAAUAUGCUAUAAAACAUUCACCCAAAAAACCUAUUUGAAACUACACAUGCCUAUGCAUACAGGGGAACGCCCUUACGCAUGUGAAAUAUGCAAUAAAACAUUUCCACAUUCAGGUACUUUGACGAGUCACAGACUUAUUCAUAGUGACAAACGAGCCUAUGAAUGCAAACUAUGCAAUAAGACAUUCAAACAUUUAGGUAGUCUGAAAGUUCACAAAGUCCAUCAUUACAAAGAGCGUCUUUUCAAAUGUGAUAAAUGCAAUAUGUCAUUCAAGCUAAAAAGCAAUUUGUUAUCACACAAGCUCAUUCAUACAAGUAAACGCCCCUUUAAAUGUGAAACAUGUGACAAAAGCUUCACUCGAUCAACUCAUUUAAAGCGACACAUGCAUAUCCAUACAGGAGUCGGCUAUCCUACAUGUGAAAUAUGCGGUAGAACAUAUCCAGAAUUCACUUGUUUGAAGAGACACAUGCUUAUUCAUAGUGGGGAACGCCCCCAUGAAUGCAAUAUAUGCAAAAAAACUUUCACACUAGCAAAUGGUCUAAAAAUGCACUUGCUCAUUCAUUCAGAAAGUCGUCAUAAAUGUGAAACAUGCAACAAGACAUUUAUACAAGCGUGCAAUUUGACGAAACACAUGCUUCUUCAUUCUGAAGAGCGGCCUUAUAAAUGUGAAAUUUGCAAUAAUAGAUUUAAUCGGAAUAGCCAUUUGAAAAGUCACAUGGCUGUUCAUAGUGAGAGACCCAAACCUAAAUUAACCUUUGCACUAGCUAGAAUUUCACCAUUAAUUGAGAAUUUCCUUCCACUUACGAUUAUAUCAUUAGUGUUUUUAUAUUUAAAAAUGUCAGAAGAAGCUACUGUGUCCAUGAAUGAUCAGACAAUUAAAAUUGAACCACUAGAAUAUUUAGUAGAAGAGAUUGAUGAUGAAAUAAAGGAUGAGUUGGACGAUAUUGUUAAGUCUGAAUCCUCUUCUGAGGAUAAUGAAACGUCUUUGGAAAAUUUCAUGAAUUCUGAAGUGACGAUAGAGGAAGAAGUCAAACAGGAGUCAACUCAGACUCAGUCUUAUGAAUGUGGCAUUUGUAAUAGAUCAUUUGCAGAAAUGCAUUAUUUAACAGAGCAUAUGGUUGAUCACAUGUCUAGUCAUAGCAAAGAAGGCUCCUAUAAAUGUAAUGUAUGCUUUAAGUCAUUUAACCACCCUACAAAUCUGGCAAAACACAUUCUUGUUCAUACAGGAAAACGACCUUUCAAAUGUGAAAUAUGCAAUAAAACAUUCACACAAUCAAGUAAUCUGAGUCGGCACAAGCUCACUCAUACCAAAGAGUGUCCUUUUGAAUGUGAAAUAUGCCAUAGGACCUUCAAUCAAAAAAGCACCCUGAAAAGCCACAAGCUCAUCCAUGCAGGAGAACGCUCUUUUGAAUGUGAAAUAUGCAAUAAUAGAUUCACACAUUUAAUUGUUUUGAAGAAACACAUGCUCAUUCAUAGUGGAGUGCGACCCCAUACAUGUCAAAUAUGCAAUAAUACAUUCACACGAUCAGAUAAUCUGAAAACACACAUGCUCAUUCACAGUGGGGUACGUCUCCAUGAAUGCCAUAUAUGCAAUCAAACAUUCACACGAUCAGACCAUCUGAAAAAACACAUGCCGAUUCACAGCGGUGAACGCCCUUAUGAAUGCAAAAAAUGCAAUAAGACAUUCAAACGAUCUGAUCAUCUGAAAAAACACCUGCAGACUCAUUCUGCAGAAAACCCUUAGAAACAAAAAGGAAACUUGAUUGGACCCAUUCUGCUAAAAGAGUGCCUCCUACACGAGGUCGUUGAAGGCAAAAUAGAAGGACUGAAAGGAUUGAGAGGAAGAAGAAUGCAGAUGGUUGAUGACUUACGCGAGAAGACGAAAUACAGGGAACUGAAAGCUGAAGCACAGGACUAGAA